UGUAAAAACCCAGACGAUCGGGCCGCAGUAACAAUUUCACCACUUCGCGUGAGGGACUUGCCUGGUCCUUGAAGGGGAAAUAUUCCCUUUUUCGCUGCCAGCUAUGGAGACGGGUUCUGGUUUGUUACACGUCUUCAAUUUAAUUUUAUCUGUAUGUUUUAUCAUAUCCGCUAAUAUUGUAAUAACGACCCGGGCAGAUAUAUCUUGUGAAUCUUGCCCGUCGCCGUUGCGAGUUAACCGAAAGGAUGUACAUCUGGAUAUGCGCACCGUUCCGGCAGGGACUGGGAAUCCUCCAACACAUGCCGGACCGGAGCCGAGAGUUUUUGACAAAAAUAUUGGAGUAUUCGCCGAACAAACUGGCACUAGUCCUGUGGAUGUAGCUACAUUUGAGAAAGAUUUUGAACGAUACGGAGACAACACGAAAGUCUCCUCGGAAGCGUCAGUUCUGGGUACUAAAAGCGAAGAAUUUGAUUUGGGAAUGCCGAAUAUCUCCGAUGGAGGAUCCGAAUUUCACAAAGUGGAGAAAGGGGAUGCGACAUUUUUUAGGGCCAAACGAAGCGAACCGGAGCCCUUUGAAUUCACUGAAGGCGCGUGGACCAGCGAAGGCGACCGAAUGUUCAGUGACUCAUCGACCGAAAGGAAGAUCCCCGGCCCGCUUUUGGACGAGCAAAAACGGAGGUCCGAACCCCGGUGGAACAGGGAUGAAGCUAAAGUAACCAACACCAAGCAAGACGAGCCGAAACUAACAAGCAGCACUUUUGCUCUAACUGGAGACUCUGCCCACAACCACGCUGUCGUGUAUUGGUCUGGGCAAAAUAGCAGCGUGAUUUUGAUCCUCACCAAGCUCUAUGACUUCCACCUGGGGAGUGUGACUGAGAGCACCUUAUGGAGGUCGACGGAUUACGGGACAACUUAUGAGAAACUGAACGACAAAGUCGGAGUGAAGACUGUUCUCAGCUACCUGUACGUGUGCCCGACCAACAAGAGGAAGAUAAUGGUGUUGACCGAUCCGGAGUUUGAGAGCAGCGUGCUCAUCAGCUCGGACGAGGGGGCCAGCUACCAGAAGUACCGCCUGAGCUUCUACGUCCUGAGCCUGCUCUUCCACCCUGCGCAGGAGGACUGGGCCUUGGCCUACAGCCACGAGCAGAAGUUGUACAGCUCAGUCGAUUUCGGCAGGAAGUGGCAGCUUGUCCAUGAAGCCGUGACGCCUAACAGAUUCUACUGGUCCGUAAUCGGUCUGGAUAGGGAGACUGACCUUGUCCACCUGGAGGCCAACACACCUGAUGGACGUGCACAGUAUGUGACCUGUCGGGCACAGAGCUGCUCUGAGACCAACCGCAACUACCCGUUCGCUGGCUACAUCGACACCAACUCGCUGGUGGUCCAGGACGACUACAUGUUCAUUCAGGUCACCUCGGCUGGACGGGCGUGGUAUUACGUUUCCUAUCAGAGGGAGGCCUUCAUGAGAAUUAAACUGCCCAAAUAUUCCCUUCCCAAGGACAUGCACAUCAUCAGCACGGACGAAGGCCAGGUGUUUGCCGCCGUGCAGGAGUGGAACCAGAACGACACCUACAACAUCUACAUCUCCGACCCGACAGGCAUCCUCUUCACCCUGGCCCUGGAGAACGUCAAGGCCAGCCGCGGCCUCGGGGGCAACAGCAUGAUCGACCUGUACGAGGUAGCAGGCAUUAAGGGGAUGCUGAUCGCCAACCGCAAGCUGGAGAACCAGGUGAAGACCUACAUCACCUACAACAAGGGCCGCGACUGGAGACUGCUGCAGGCGCCCACCAGCGACAUCGAGGGGAACGACAUCCACUGCGUCCUGCCUUUCUGCUCCCUGCACCUUCAACUGCAAAUGUCAGAAAACCCAUACCUCUCAGGAAGCAUAAUCAGCAAGAACUCUGCACCCGGAGUCAUCGUGGCCACAGGAAACAUCGGUUCGGAGCUCUCCUACAACAACGUGGGAAUGUUCAUAUCCUCCGACGCCGGGAACAGCUGGAGGCAGAUCUUUGAAGAAGAGCACAAUGUCUGGUUCUUGGACAAGGGAGGCGCCUUGCUCGCUGUCAAACAGCCCACCGUGCCUACCAGACAUCUCUGGGUGAGCUUUGACGAGGGCCGACAGUGGGACCGCCACAGCUUCUCCAUGGUGCCUCUGUUUGUGGACGGCGUGCUGGUGGAGUCGGGCAUGGACAGCCAGAUCAUGACGUUUUUUGGACAUUUUAGCCAUCGAUCGGAGUGGCAGCUCAUUAAGAUUGACUACAAGUCACUCUUCUCCAGACGGUGCACAGAGGGUGACUUCCAGACCUGGCACCUCCACAACCAGGGUGAGCCGUGUGUGAUGGGCCAGAAGCAGAUCUACAUGAAGCGUCGCCCGGGCAACCACUGCAUGCUCGGCCGUGACUACGCCAGGGUCCUGUCCGCUGAGCCCUGCAUUUGCCGAGCGCACGACUUUGAAUGUGAUUACGGGUACGAGCGGCGUGGGGACGGUAACUGCUCGCCGUCGUUCUGGUACAACCCUGCCACGGUGUCCAGGAGCUGCAGUCACGGACAGAACUACCUCAACAGCACGGGAUACCGCAAGGUGGCGGCGAAUAACUGCACCCGGGGGGUGAAGGAGAUGUACACGGCCCGGCGGCAGCAGUGUCCCAACCGGCCGCCCCGCGGCCUGCAGCUCAGCACUGGAGAGGAGGAGAAGCUGACCGCUCCACUCGCCUCCAACGUCACCUUCCUGGUGCAGCUCGAAGAGGGAGACUCGAUGCGGACACACAUCCAGCUGGACUUCGGCGACGGCACGGCCGUGUCCUACUCCAACCUCACCUGGGCUGAGGAGGGCAUCAAGCACAUGUACCGCAGUGCCGGAAUCUUCCGCGUCACCGCGCUGGCGGAGAACGAGAUGGGUGCCGAUAGCACCUCUCUCUACCUGCACGUUACGUGUGCUGUGGAGCAUGUCCAGCUGCUGGCUCCGUUCGUGGUCAUCCGGAACAAGGAGGUGAACCUGACCGCCGUCGUUGGGCCCAGCCAAUCCCGGACACUCACCUACUUCUGGUGGCUCGGUAAUAGCUCCGAGCCCAUUGUGACGCUGGAUGGCAGCAUCUCCCACACCUUCACCAGCGAGGGCAUGCACACGGUCACCGUGCAGGUGUCCUCGGCCAACUCCAUCCUGCAGGACACCAAGACCAUUGCCGUGCAAGAAUUCUUCAAAUCGUUACUUUUAUCUUUCUCCCCUAAUCUGGACGAGGUCAACCCUGACAUCCCGGAGUGGAGACAGGACGUUGGCAGGGUAAUUAAGAAGGCUCUACUGCAAAUUGCUGAUGUUCCGGAAAAACAGCUCCUGGUCGCAGUGUUUCCUGGAAUUCCAACUGCUGCCGAGCUGUUCCUCCUGCCCAGCAAGAACCAGUCCAAGGGCCGGAAAGAGAACGAGGAAGAGCUAGAGCAGAUUUCAGAGGUCCUUGUCAGCGCCUUGAACCAGAACCUGGUGGAGUUUGAGCUGAAGCCCGGUUCUCGCAUCAUUGUUUACAUCACACAAUUAACCUUGGCACCGCUUGUAGACUCGAGCCCGAGACACAGUAGCUCUGCGAUGCUCAUGCUUCUCUCCGUGGUGUUCCUGGGUUUAGCCGUCUUUCUCAUCUAUAAAUUCAAAAGAAAAAUCCCGUGGAUCAACAUCUACGCCGAGGUGAACCACGAGAAGGAACAGGAGAUGAUCAACACGGUGGGGCAGAGCGAAACGGCGCCCAAGAUCACCCUCAGCGAGUUCCCCACGCAGAAGGAGCUCAUGGAGAAGGAGCUGGAGUGCCGUGCCAAACGUAAGCUCGGAACUCCAGCUCAUCGUUGCUGCCGCGGUGACUUGGGCAGAGGGGGCAUGGCGAACACCUGCGAAAGCACAAGGGAGAUUCCAAACUGUACGAGUGUGUAAAAGAAAAUCUGUCGGCGUCACCGAGGUCUGCACGCAAGGAGGAGACGCCAUUCAUGAGGGUCCCCCUGGUUUCCUUUUGUA